CUACAUUCCAGGCGAUUGUUUUCUGCUCAAGUGCAUACGAAAACAUUGCCAUGAAUAAACCGUCAUGGCAAAGUAGCCAAUUUUACCCAGGUGACCACAGAACCGAUGCCAGUAAUGCUGUAGACGGAUUGAAGACUGACCUCUCAAGUUUUGGAGGGCAAUGUGUUACAUCAAACACCAAGCUUCGCACUGCCACCUGGUGGGUUAAUCUGACAUCUAUUCUCAGUAUACAUCACAUUACAAUUUACUACAGGACGGACAAUAUAAAGUGGGGUCCCAGUCAUCCAUAUACCAAAAGGUUUCUAGGAUUUUACUUAUACGUAUCCAACUCAACCUAUAGAAAUGACGGCUAUUUAUGUUUUCAUGACACAAACUACACCAGAGCCACCAUACCACCUGUCUUAAACAUAAGCUGUCCUGUACAUGGACAAUACGUCAUCUACUACAAUGAGAGACUAGAUGGAGUGAAAUACCCAGCUGACUACUCUCACGAUGCAUUUACUGAGUUGUGCGAAGUGGAGGUUUACGGAUGUCCCACGUCGGGAUUUUUUGGACCAAAUUGUACUCUUAGAUGUCACACAAACUGCCAGGAGUACUGUUUCAUCGAUACUGGUGUGUGCUUAGGAUGUAAACCAGGAUAUGUUGGACAAUAUUGUGAGAAAGAAUGCAGUGGAAGACGUUUUGGACAGAACUGUGGGGAGUUUUGUGGAGACUGUCUGGACUUCGAACAGUGUCAUCAUGUUAAUGGAAAGUGUCAAAACGGAUGUGAACGGGGUUUUCAUGGAACCAGGUGUACUGAAAUGUGUCCAAUUGGAUUCUAUGACAAAAAUUGUGGGAAGAAAUGUAGCCCGCAUUGCUUCUACUCUAACAGGUGUGACUCAAAAUCUGGUGUUUGUCAGGGGGGCUGCAAACCAGGAUGGGAAGGUCUCCUGUGUGACAAAGACUGCAACGAGAAGAAUGGAACGAACUGUGACAUACGGUGUGGACAUUGUCGAGGCGGUGUUGUGUGCAAUCAGAUGAAUGGAGUCUGUCCCAAUGGGUGUGCUGCCGGAUACAAAGGAGAAAUUUGUACCAUAGAAUGUGACGUUGGGUGGUAUGGUCUGGAUUGUAGGCAGAAAUGUAGUGCAUAUUGUAAUGAUUCAGGAGUUUGUGAUCAUGUGACUGGUUCCUGUGAAGGUGGUUGCAAAAGUGGAUGGCAGGGAAUGAACUGUUUGGAAGAAGAAAUAAACAUUACUGGAAACAUCGAAUACGUGAAUUCCGCCAACACCUGUGAUACACCUCAUGUAUUUAUAUCUCUAUUCUGUAUCAGUAUUGUGGGUGUCUCUCUACUGGCUGUGUAUAUUUUCUAUUUAAGAAGAAGAAUGAGUCAGCAGCCCGUGGUCAGUAAUUCACAGGAAGACUGUGAUAAAACUUCAACUGCGGAGAAUGUUAUGCAGAAAGAGAAGAUGUAUGACACCCUUGGUAGCGAUGACAAUCGUACAAAUGAGAAAGACGAGGAAAUCAACAUGUCAUUACAGUCAGCCUAGUGCAAAUAUUAACAUUGUGUUAAUGAAUUUUGAUGUUUUUCAAAGCAACAUAAGACCUGCUCGUUGCUGGCAAAGAGAUUGCAUCUUAUUAUUAUUCAUAGCAUUGACCAGGCAAGUCUUCAUGAACACUCAUUUUGACCCAUAAGUAUCUUAACAAGGAAAAACAAAGAGUAUUAUAUUCUAUCAUGAGGUGCGCUGCUAAAAGGAAUACAGUGUUCUGAGAUACCUCGAUGCAUGACCAAGUGUACUACAUGUGAAAUAUGUAUAUUUUUAUUUUUAUAUUAUUCUAUUUUAUAAUUUUGACUUUGAAUAACUGGCGGUAGCGCUUUGGAUAUUGCAGAUAAAUAUGUAUCACCUUCAAUGAUGUGAUGAUAGUUCUAUGUAAUUCUUAUCCAUAUAUGAUUAAAAGAAAUGUCAUUCAGUGUUUGAACUAAGCAAAUGACUAUGUUGAAUUGAUAUUUUCUUAUAUCAUAAUUAGAGGUCAAGUAGAUUUAUGAGAAACAGGAGUAAGAUGAAA